UGUGGGUGCUGUGCGGCGUCCUGCUGCAGCACGGCCGCGGCGACAGGGCCCCGGCGCCGCACCUGGAGGAGGCGGCCAUCGCAGAAUUCUGCCGAAUCGACAAGCCCCUGUGCCACGAUGAGGAUGAGCAGCUCAGCUUCGAGGCUGUCCGCAACAUACACAAGCAAAUGGACGACGAUGCCAACGGCAACGUGGACGUAGAGGAGAGUGACGAGUUCUUGAGAGAGGACUUGAAUUACCAUGACCCAACAGUCAAGCACAGCACUUUCCAUGGAGAAGACAAGCUCAUUAGCGUGGAAGAUCUUUGGAAGGCCUGGAAGACAUCUGAAGUGUACAACUGGACAGUUGACGAGGUGGUUCAGUGGCUCAUUACCUAUGUCGAGCUGCCGCAGUACGAAGAGACCUUCAGAAAGCUGCAGCUGAGUGGACAUGCCAUGCCCAGGCUAGCAGUAAACAACGCUACCAUGAUGGGAACUGUUCUGAAAAUGACAGACCGAAGCCACAGGCAGAAACUGCAGCUGAAAGCUCUUGACACUGUGCUCUUUGGGCCUCCUCUCUUAACUCGUCACAACCACCUGAAAGACUUCAUGCUGGUGGUGUCUAUUGUCAUCGGAGUGGGUGGCUGCUGGUUUGCCUACAUCCAGAACCGCUACUCGAAGGAGCACAUGAAGAAGAUGAUGAAAGACCUCGAGGGGCUUCACAGAGCUGAACAGUCUCUCCACGACCUUCAGGAAAGGUAAGCUUUCUGUGUCCGCCCAGGUGGGGCAUUCAGCUGGGGAUCU